AUGGCCCAAGAGAAGAAACUAAUUGUGGUUGUUGGCGCCACGGGUAAUCAAGGCGGCUCUGUCGCUCGCCGCUUCCUUCAAGACCCUCGAUAUGCAGUCCGCGGCCUAACCCGCAAUACCUCGUCCCCAGCUUCCCAGGCCCUCGCGGCUCUGGGUGUGGAGAUGGUGACCGCUGAGCUCGAUGACCCAAAGACACUUGAUGCCGCAUUUGCAGGAGCAAACAUCAUCUUCAGCGUCACCCAGUACUGGGAGCCCUUCUUCCGUCCCGACAGCCGCGUCAAGGCACAGGAGCUGGGUAUCACCUGCCGUCGUUACGCCUACGACGUCGAGUAUCGGCAGGGAAAGAAUAUUGCUGAUGCAGCGGCCAAGGUGGUGGACACAUUGGAGGACAAUGGCUUCCUGGUAUCGACUCUGAGCCACGCCCGGAAGUGCAGUGGCGGGAAGUUCACGGACUUGUAUCACUUUGACUCCAAGGCUGAUAUCUUCCCUGACUAUGUGCGGGAGAAUUACCCGGCUCUGGCAGCGAAGAUGUCCUGCGUGCAAACGGGCUACUUCAUGACCAGUCAUGCCAUCCUUCCGAAUUCGUACUUUCAAAAGCAAGCCGAUGGCUCCUUUCACAUGCGCUUGCCAUGCUCGCCCAACACAUUGAUCCCCCAUCUAGAUGUCAAUGGAGACAUUGGAAACUUUGUGUAUGCCGUUCACCAGAUGCCUCCGGGCAAAAACUACAUGGCCAUGGGCUCCCACGCAACCUGGCCUGAGUACCUGCAGGCAUGGGCAAAGGCAGUUGGACUCCCCGCGGAAAAGGCCGUGUAUGUACAAGUGUCAGUCGAUGACAUGAUAGCAGACACCACGGAUAGAGAUACGGGUGUUGAGGUGGCGAUGAUGUUUGCCUACUCUGAUGAUCCUGGGUAUGGAGGUGGAAUGGAUUUGGUGACGGCGGAGGAUAUGAGGAAGGCGGGGAUUGAGUGUCCCAUGACCAGUUUGGAGGAAUGGAUGAAGAAGCAGGAUUGGUCCGCUGUUUUGAGCAAGUGA